GGCGAGCCGAGGCGGCGGAUGAAUGAAUGAAUCUUAAGACAGUCGUGAGUGGCGCAUUCACGAAACCGCGAGCACGCCUUUGAGGGACGCGCUUUUUUUUGAGAGAGGACCUCGUCGCGGCUUCUUCUCCUCGUCGUCGUCGUCGCCAUUUUCAUCCUCCUCGUCGCCGUCGUACCUUCGCUUUGUGCGCACUUCGCGAUUGCGUUAAAUGACCGUUUUGUUAUCCGCAGCUACGCCGAUCAGCGAGUGCGUGUGUGUUCCGCGUCGCGUGUCUCGCUUUGCCGCUUCGUUUUUCGCCUCUCUCGCGGUUUUCGAGUUUUUCUCUCGUCUCCGCUGAAUUCGCCGUUUCCUCUUCGUUUGCCUUAUCUUCCUUUUAUUCUCUUGCGAAUCCUGAGUUCUUUCGGCUUUUCGUGACGAUCUUCUCAAUAUCUCGAUUGUUGUAAUGCCGCGAUCAUCAACAUGAUCGGCCGUUUAUCCGUAAAUGAAUGAAGCGGUAAUUACAUCAGAAUCGAAAGCUGCAACACUGUGUUCGGAAAGUAGAGAACAUCUUCGAAGAGAAGAGAUCAGCGUACUUCUGCAGGAACGAAUCUUCAUACAAUUUUUUAAUGAAAAUAGCGCACACAUUCUUCAUUCGGAGUAUGAAAGUGACGUGCAAGAGUAGUUUUCAUUCAUUAUUAUCCGAUGAUUAUUAUACCGCUGAUAAAAAUGAUCGGCGCGUAUAUCGUUUGGGAAAUAUCGCGAGAGCAGAAUCGGUGCACUGCUGAUAUUCGUUUGUGAGAAAUUUCGCAGAACACAAGAACGCUUAGCUCGCAGCUCUUGAUUGCUUUUAGCAGAUAAUCGUGCGUCGGGAAAAAAUCGCAUUAUCGACAAAGAUAACUUGUUUUAUCAGAAAUAUCAUCGCUCAAGUACUUUCUCUUUUUUUAUUUUUAUAUACACCCCCGUCAUCAGUUCAUUGUGCGCAUUACAAUUGUGUGAAAAAUGUCCUGAUCGAAGUUAAACUGUAUGCAUCAUUAUAAAAAUUACGCUAAACUGUGCUAUACUGAAGCUGAAAAACGAUCAUGGACUGAAUCCUUGUAGAAAAAGAUACAGUGCAUUUCGGAAUGAAAUAAAUUUUUGCUCGUCAAGCGUUCGUUCGAUAUUCCGUAAGAGAGAACGAUCCCGCAGUUUAACUUCGCUAUUAAUGCUCGCAAGAGGGAGAAAAUGGAGCUCCCGUGCAAGAGGAGGCAUCUCUGGCAGCCGUGGCUUAAUGUCAAUAGCCUCCAACUGCCUCGCAAACCGGAAGAGGAGAGGCCAAAGGUAACGAAUCUGCAUCGAAAGCCGAGCAGUGCGUGGCGUAAGGAGCGUAGGAGAGAUCCGAUUCAGAGCGAAGCGUUGGAUAUGUCAGCAGGAAGACCAAAUCACCACAACAGACCGAGCGUGAUCGUUCCUACCACGCCGCAAGUUGGCAUCACAAUUGAGGACACUGCCAUUGCACCUACGCCGACGACGACGCCUACCGCGGCCUCGAGUGGACAGAGGACCGGUAUCAGGAUAGCGGGUGGCGUCAGCGAUCCCGCGAUCGACGAACACUUCAAACGGUCUCUAGGUCCAAAGAAGUAUGCAGCGGUCUUUAACGCCAAUACUACGGACAAAGAAACCGGCCUAAGUGUGGACGAUCAUUUUGCGAAAGCGCUCGGUGAGACCUGGACGAGGCUUCAGGAAAGCAGUCGAAAAAAGGAGUCCUAACCACCGGACAAACUCACCAGUAAUCUUGUCAUCCUAUUCGUCGUCGUCCUCGUCGCAUGUCGCUUGACGACCGUGGUAACCCACUCGGGUGAAAUCGUUCCAGUCUCGUUAAAUAUACAUUAAUGAUAGGUCAUAAUUGAUAAGAAUUAGCCGAAUUCGCGACUAUAUUCGAGGAACCUGUACAUCCAAAUAGAAGUAUAAUUAGAAAUUAAAAAAUUUAAAUUAAGAAAAAUAAACACACACGUUAGAAUACAAUCUUGAUAAAAAUGCAGAAUUUUCAAAUCGGAUUUUUAUAUUAAUAUUUCGGGAAAAAGCAUAUAAGCAAAAAGUUAAAAAAUGAUAGAUUAAAGCCUAAUGCACAAUAAAAAGUAUGGACAAUAGCAACAGGGAAAAUGAACAGUAUGUUAAAUAAAGAAAACGUAAAGCGUUCUUUGUUCAACAUACUGAGCUAUUGCUUAUUCUUUGUCCCCUAUUCCCUAUUUUAUUUAUUGUGUUUGAGGCUUGAGAAGUUACUAUGCAAUAUUUCAAAUAUUAAGUUUAUUAACUUUUUCAUUUUUUAUAAAUAAAACUGGCUUGAAUCUGGCUUCAUUUAUAAUACAAAUUUAAGUAUUUGACAUCGUUUCUUAUAUCCGACUUACAUCUUUCCUAUGUUCGAUUUAUAUAUUUCUUCUUAUUAAGUAUUUUAUAUAAGAAUUAUAAACUUAUAACACUUUUUCCACUCAGAAUCUUUCGUAGACAUUUUGUUUUAAUUGAUACGUACCGCGCUGUAUAAGGAAGGUAUCAAGUAUCCUUGAUCUUCUCGCUUUUCAACUGGAUGCUCGUUGUCGUCGCUUUUUCGUCAGGAUAACACGCGGAUACAGGAUAAAAUUUAAGAAGGCAUCAGGAAGGUUAGCCUGUUGCAGAGAUGUGCGAAAGUUUUCUUGAUGCCGAAUCGAAUCAAAUCAAAUUUUAUUUUUUCAUCGUUCAAAUUUGGAUUAAAUCGAAUAAACAAAAUUUUAUCCGAAUCUCUAAUCGAAUUAAAUCGAAUCGAAUCGGUGAAGCAUAAUUUUUAAUUAAUAACAUUAUUAUUGUUAGAUUGAAUUUUAAUAUAGAUAAUAAAAAAAUUUCUAUAUAAGAAACAAUAUUGAUAUAAUAUUAUACAUGAUAUAUCACUUUCAAUUUGAUUUGAUUCAUAUUCGAAUAGUUCGCACAUCCCUUGCCUAUUGCACGCUGUAUUUUGUACAGGCAAAUUUAAUUAUUGUAUAUAGACAUAUUCCUUUACUACGCCAUCGCCACAGUCAUUACCAUAUAGUUCCGAGUUGUGUAUGAAUAUAAAGUUAUUUAUUAUAAUGUUUCAUACUUCCUCGCAAAAUAGUAUGUUUAUAUAUAUAUGUAGGAUGUCUGAAACAUUAAGUGCAAUAUCGCUUAUGAGUAUUAUUGCUAGAUACGCGCGGAAUUGUUGGUUACAAGCAACGUUACUUACGCAGGAGCAGCGGAGAUCACACUUCCAAACAUCUUCCCAUGCACUUGUAACUGCUAGCCAUAUUUCACCGCGCGCUUGUACUAGGUGAAUUCUAUCUUUAUAAAUUAUUAACUUGUUACAGAAAUUGCAAAAUGGUAUGGAAUAUUUUUCGACUCAGUUUAGUUUAUUCUAUCUGCUCAUAAGUAGUGUUACACCUAAUAUCAGACAUCCUGUAUAUACAUAUGUGCAUGUAAUAUUUAUGUAAGCAUACGAUAUACGUACAUCCAUGGAGAACAAUGAUACCUCUCCUGCUACAAAGUAAUUUCAAUAAAGUGCCAGAUAUUUUGGAAUUCAAUCAUGUUCAUCAACCGAAUGCUCGAUUGCAUAUAAUAAAAUUUUCUCUUUUAAUUAAAUUGAGUGGAGCCACUGACGAACAUUGCAUGAAUUUCAUUAUCAGAAAUACUAAAUAUUCAAAUGUACUUGUUACGUAAUUAUAAUUUCACUCACAAAGCGCAUAUCACUUGCGUAAAAUAAUUUAGACAACUGCGACUUUUAAUUCGUUUCAAUUAGGAGGAUAGGAUCAUUGUCCAUGGGUGCAUAUUAUAAUAAUGACCGUCACGAGAGAUCUCGUGAUAGAGACGCAGAAGCCGAAUAGAAAAAAAACUAUAAUUUAACAAAGCAGGGCACCAUGUUAGUUAUAAAUAUUGUAUAAGUGUCACGUCUCUUUGAGCCAUAGGAUUGCGCUCGAAGCUGUAAAAACAAUCGAAUAGAAUAUGUACAAUAUGGCAAAUGAUGAUGACAAUGAGAUGUAUAAAAAAGAUUAAAGGGAAAAAUGUUUAAUUAUU